AAAAGUCGUAGUAACACAAUCCUGGCAAGUAGAUCAUAGCACCGUUCUCUGUCUCUCUCUGCAGAGACAGUCCUUUUCGACAAGACAGGAUCCAAGAAGAGGAUAAGAAAAGAUGCUGAGAAGAGCCCUUCAGAAAGGUUCAAGGAAGAAAAUGCGUACUGGGGAAAAGAAAAAAGAUUCCAUUUCUGAGGAUGAGAGAACCAUCCCCAUGGAUUUGGUCUCACAGACACCUACUGUUUGUGGGAAACGAAUGAGAAGAGGUUUCAACACCAUUGACAAGACUAUUGGGCAAAGAAGGAAGCUAAGUGAGGAACAUUUAGACAAGCUGGACCGAAGAGUUGAAUCCAGGGAUCUAAUCACCCAGUUGCCUGAAUACAUCAUCCAUCACAUCCUUUCUUUCCUUGAUGAUACAAAAGAUGCAGCUCGAACAAGUAUCUUGUCCAGAAAGUGGAGGCAGAUAUGGACUUCAUUCUCCGUUUUGAUAUUUGACCAACACAAGAUUCAACAACAAGAGGGACGUCAGGAUAUAAGGAACAUGAAGAAGGUAUUUACUGACUUUGUUGACAACUCUCUGAAGAGCCACCUUGAGCGAAAAUUAAGUAUACAGAAAUUGGUGCUACAUAUUACCAGAUAUGAUUUAGAACUGGCCCCUCAUAUGGAGCAGUGGAUCAACAUUUCCAUUGAAAACAACAUGAAAGAGCUAGAUCUCCAUGUUGUCAAGAAAAGUAAACGUUACAAGUUGCCCCCAACUAUUUUUGCUUCAAAAACAAUAACUGGAUUAAGGUUACAUGGGUGUAUGUUAAAAUCUCACUGCAAUAUAAAGCUUCCAAAACUGCAAAAACUGUAUCUCCGCAAGAUCUUUGUUGAUCAACAGAUUAUUGACAAUCUGAUCUCCAGCUGCCCUUUAAUUGAGGAUUUGAGAUUCAUACACUGCACAGGGUUGAAGGUUCUGCGGGUUUCAGGUCUUCUUAAACUUGACAGGGUUGAGGUACACCAUUGCCAUGGACUGGAAGAGAUUGAAGUCAAAGCUCCAAAUCUUCAAACUUUUUGGUAUUGUGGGAAGGAAUCCAUGCACUGCAAAAUUGACUUGGUUGCUUGUGUCUCUUUAAAAAGAUUAACAUUGGAGGAUGGCAACAUGACAGAUGAAAUGUUUCAAGAUCGGUUAGCUAGUUUUCCUUUCCUUGAGAAACUGGACCUAAGCAAAUGCAAUAAAUUGAAGAAUAUAACGAUUUCGAGUAUAUGGCUUAGAAGACUUGUCUUGAGAGGAUGCAAAAAUCUAGUGGAGGCUGACAUAGAUGCUCCAAAUCUCUUUUCAUUCGAGUUUAAGGGUGAUAAAAUGCCUUUCUCAUUUUCAAAUCCUUUAUCAUUAAAGGAGGCCAAAUUUUCUUUUGAACCAGUACAUAUACGUAGCUAUAACCACCUUGGAGGUAAGGAUGCUCUCUGGUUUGCUAGAUUGAGAAAACUUCUUGAGAAGUUAAAACACUCCAAUGGCUUAAAAUUGGUUGUCCGCUCCAGAAAGAAUGUCAUUAUACAUGAAAAUUUGGAAGAAAUUUUGCUUCCUCCACAAUCUGAUCUGAAGCUUGAAAUAAUCAAACCAUCAAUUGGCCUUGAAGAUUUAUUGGAUAAUUUGUUGAGGACAUGGCACCCAGAGAUUCUAUCAGUAGUAUCAUCUCCGUGCAGUGAAUUCCCCAAGUUGGUACAUGAAAAGAUGAUGCACAGAGGAGAAAAUCCAAACUGCUGUACGUACAACACUCGAAAUAAAUGUUGGCGACACUUUCUGAAGGGUGUCAAGAUUGAAAACAUUGAAGCAGCUGCUGGUAAAAGGACAUUUGGCUGGAUUCCUUGGUUGAAGUCAUCUCCGACUGUUCUGCACCAGACAACCAGUUAUAGACUAUCUUGGGAAUCUGUUGAACGUAUGGUAGGCAAGUGGCGGAUGAUGAGGUUGUACGCUUAAUCCUAUAUCAGUGUCUAAAGUUAUCUAAAACUGUAGCUCUACUAUUUAAACUUUCUCCUGUUUUUUUUUUUUUUUUGGUCAAAGGAUUAAAAUAUAAUCGGAACACAUUAUUGAGACUUUUAAAUAUGAGUAGUCACUGAUUUGGUUAAUUCAUGAACUAGUACGCUCCAAAUCAGUAAAAUGAUUGGUUAAUUCAUGAACUAGUUAGCAGGUGUA